GGCCAAAGAAGAAAGUAUUUCGAGCAGAACAAUAUUAUUAGAAUUCAACUUCAUCAUCAUCUCACAGUCAUUUCAACUCAUCCCGUCCACUCCAAAGUGUUGCCUUGUUCUAAAUAUUUUUCCCUGUCCUUAGAAGAAGACAAAGAAAGCCGAAAAAAUGGACGCCAUCAAGAAGAAAAUGCAGGCCAUCAAGCAGGAGAAGGACCACGCCAUGGACCGCGCUGAUGUCAUGGAACAGACCGCGCGCGAUGCUAAUGUUCGCGCGGAUCGGGCGCAGGAUGAGGUUGAUUCUUUGAAAAAGCGAAUUUUGCAAGUGGAGGGUGAAUUUUCGCAAGCGAAACAAACUCUGGAAACGGUAACGACGACGUUGGAAACGAAGGAGAAAACCUUGCAGGCCGCCGAAACGGAGAUGGCCUCGCUUGGAAGGAAAGUGCAAGGAAUUGAGGAAACUUUUGAAAAAACGGAAGAAAAUUUGAAAAAGACGGAACUCUCGUUGGAAACGACGGCCCAGUUGCAUGACGAUUCGGAGCGAAUGCGAAAAGUAUUGGAAAAUCGUGCCGUUACCGACGACGAGAGGAUGAAAGAUUUGGAAGCAAAAGUGAAGGAGGCGACCGGUCUGGCAGAAGAAGCAGAUCGAAAAUACGACGAAGUUGCCAAAAAGCUCGUCAUGGUUGAGCAAGACGUAGAAAUGGCGGAAGAUCGUGUCUCAUCUGGAGAAACUAAAAUCCUUGAGUUGGAAGAGGAGUUGAAAGUCGUGGGAAAUAACUUGAAAUCUCUCGAAGUUUCUGAAGAAAAGGCCAACCAACGAGAAGUUGAUUACAAGAAACAGAUUAAAAUUUUGUCCACCAAGUUGAAAGAUUCCGAAGCUCGAGCCCAGUUUGCAGAAAAUACGGUGCAAAGAUUGCAAAAAGAAGUGGACCGUGUGGAAGGCGAGCUGACGAACGAGCAGGAAAAAUACAAAGGCAUCAUUGGCGAGUUGGACGCCACUUAUUCUGAAAUGACGGGCUAUUAAGGGAAAUUUAUACGAAAUUUAUGCGAGUUUUGAUCCGAUUGUGUUUAUAACAGAGGAAAGUUUUGUGCCGUGAAUAAAAAUGAAAUUCAACUAAAAGUUUGGAUAAUCUG